UGCCUUUGGUGUCGAACACUCUCGAAGUGGAGACAGGUCGACGAAGCCACGAGAGGACGAGGUGGAGUCAGAGAUCAGAGCGAAGUUCGACAUUUUUCCUGGAGCUUAGACGGUGCUAGACGCCUUGCUUAGGUCGGUUGUGGCGCAAAUCUUGACGAUCAAGGCAGGAAUCUUUCGAUUUGUCUGUCGGCGAAGGUGGAGCUUGAGCCCGAAGCCAAGAGCUUGCCGUGGGAGGAGUAGCAGUACUUAGGAAGGAGUGCGCGAGAGAUAGUGGGUGUUGUUUUGUGCAGUCGGUCACAAUAGCGCUGCGUGGUUUGAGCCGGAGGUUGUCGAAAGAAGUUAUGGAGACUGUGAAGAAUGUAGACUUGGAGAGGUACGCCGGGCGCUGGUAUGAGAUUGCAUGCGUCCAGUCUCGCUUUCAGCCGAAGCAGGGUACGAACACGAGGGCCACGUAUACUUUGAAUCCUGAUCAGACCAUCCACGUUCUGAACGAGACCUGGGUCGAUGGAACGCGGAGCUAUAUUGAAGGCAAGGCUUGGAAGGCAGAUGCCAGUAGCGAAGAUGCCAAACUGAAAGUGCGAUUUUGGGUGCCACCGUUUUUGCCUGUUUUCCCCGUGACUGGGGACUACUGGGUUCUUGCCCUAGAUUUCGACAAUUAUCAAUAUGCCUUGGUCGGCCAACCUUCGAGGAAAUACUUGUGGGUAUUGAGUCGGACACCACAAAUGAGUGAUGAAAUAUAUCAAAGUCUUCUUGAGCAAGCCACGAAACAGGGGUAUGAUACAAGUUGUCUGGUGAAAACCUCGCAAGUUGAAGGAGUCGACACUGAAAAUACGCCUGAAAGCUCUACAGAUAAGAAAGGCUUCUGGUGGUUAAAGGCAGCCUUAGGAAAAUGAUGAGAUUCCUGAAUCCGAGUGAUACUAGGAGAAUAGGAGUAGGUAACCUUAGGGUGGAUCGUGUAAUUCAUUGAUUCUUAUAGAUUUUGUACUAUAUGAAGGUAAAUAGUCUUGGUGUCGGGUGUUUGCCAAUUACCACGCAUCUUGACGAAUCUACUGUGAGUUGAAGAGAUUUUGUUCCCUACCUGUUCAGAGACAUAAAGGGAUUAUAGAUGUAAUAAUGCCUAGAAACAAGGUUCGAAACCAGCAUAUUUUCAUGUGGCCGUGUGGAUGUUUUCAAUAGUAUGAAAUUCACACUAUCAUCAC